AUGGAAAACAUUGGCUUGCGAAUCGCCGAAAAUGCCGCUCUGCUCGGCCAGAUAUGUGACAAGCCUAUGCUUCCAACACGCAACGACCCAAUCGCAGUUAACGUUCUGGGAGAUAGAACUGUCAGUUUCCAAGAAGAACUAGAGAUCGUUAAUUGUGUCAACUAUCUUGCUAGUUAUAGUGAUCAUCCUGGGGAAGUCAUGGCCCUAUGUAUGGAAGAGCUGCCGAGUCAUAAAGGUCUAAUUAUAACGGUCGCAACCAACACAGGAUCUACAGUACGCUUGGAAGAUGGCCUACGAGAUAUGGCUGAUGUUCUGCAACAGCAAAACAACGACUAUGCACAAAGAGUCAACCCCGAACUGAAGCAGUCACGUCGUCAUCUAUUCAACCUUGCAGAGGAAUUCGGCUAUCUUUCUCAGCUGAGUGUAACAUCAAAUCAUGAUGAAAGCGCUGGAGCUUCCAGUGUCCGGAGCCUGGUCGCGAUUGCCAAGAUCGUAAGCAAGAUGUGGAAACGCCAUGGCGAUCUGCUUCCCAAGCUUAUUGCCAGCGUGCCAAACUUCGAUAUGGAUCCAUUACGCCGACUGUUAAGCUUUGCUGGAAGAUUCAGAGUCUUUGGAUCUAUACAGAUACUUCCAAUUCACUUCAAGCCGUACGAUCUGUCUAUUGCCCUGGAUCGUCAUAGAUCGGACCUCCAGCAACAACGUUUACAAGCGGUGACUCAGAGUUUAAGAGUGACGAACGCUUGGCAACAGAAGUUAGGAGAUGCAAAGAUUAAUGAGGGCGCUCCAUCACAACCAGAGCCACUCCAAUCUGCAGAUGAAACUGGCAAGCCUUUCACAUGCGUCUUCGACGAAACCGAGCCCUAUUUACGCUUUCAUACACCCAAAAUCCAUGUGGAAAUAUCCCACGAGGAAGCGCAAAGACUAGCUGAUAUAAACCCACCAUCCAAUCAUGAAAAGAUGUUGGUAGCAAUCACCAUCGAGGUCACUUGGCUUGGAAGUGAUGAGAGUAACGAAAUGACGACACCCAAGGAUCAUUCCAUCAACCUUGACUCUAGGUGGACCGAACUCACAGCCGUGGACGGCAUUUUGUUUACAGAUGAAGGCCUACUCAUGAGGAAAGGGGACGACAUUGUCAGAGUACGCGCACUCCAUGUUGACUCGCACCAAGGCGAACGGAAAGACAGUUUACAUGAUUAA